CACGUCCUGCAACGAAAAGGAAUAGUCUGGUGUUCGGAGUGGAGGAGUUGCCGUGUAGAGGCUGUACAUAGGGAGACGGCGGCCGCACCCGCUGCAUCACGAUUUCAAUCACGAGAGGGCGUCCUCUGACAGAGGCACUGUCGACGUUUGUUGUGGAAGUGCAAGUGGUGCAGCGCUAGCGCUAGCCGUGUAGAAGAAACUAAAUUUAAAUCGUUGAAGUCGACGUAUUGAUAGGCCAAGAACCUUGAAAGGCUUGUCGACUUUAAACAGCAGCACACUACAUUACCAUCGAUUGUGAGUCGGACUUGUCACCAUGCUGCCGGCUGAUUACGACCACCUCCCCAAUGCCAAGCAGAUUCUGGGCGAGCACCUGUACGCCAAGGUGGAAGAGCUGCACCCGCAGCAGGCUGCCCGCCUCACCGGUGUCCUGCUGGAGGCCGGUAACCAGGAAGUGAUGCGGAUGCUAAGAGACAAGGAUCUUCUAAAGAGGAGGGUUAAAGGAGCCAAGAGGGUCAUCGAUGAGGAGAGUUUUGCUAAGGGGAUUCCCCAUCCAGCCUUUGACAUGGAAAGCUUGGGUGAGAGGCUCUACGACAAAGUGCAGGAGCUGGGCUCACAACACUGUGCCAAAGUCACAGGGAUGCUCCUGGAGUUGAACCCUGACAUUAUCAACAAUCUGCUAACGUCACGCUCAGAACUACACAAAGCAGUGCAGAAAGCAACAGCAACACUGCUGAAUGAGCAGCCCGAAGAACAAGGCUGUCAGAUUGAGAUGGAUGAGGAGAAGCAAGAACUCGGGGAGGAGUUAUACUGCAUCAUUGAAGAGGCACACCCAGAACUGGCUUCCAAACUUACAGGUAUGCUUCUGGAAAUGGAUGCCGCCCAACUCAGAGAGUUGCUGGAUUACCCCUCUAAGCUGAACGAGAAGGUCCAGAUUGCCUUGGAGGCUCUGAAGGCCGCUUGUCUCCCCACGUGACUCAGGAAGCCAGAGAGGGGUGAAAAGGACAGAUGCAUUUGGAAACUGUGUACAUGAACAGUGGACUUUUUAACAGCGGCUACAACAGAGCUCGUGUUAGUUGUUUCAGGAACACUGGCAUUAUUUGUAUACCGAGACAGAGACUCAUCGAACAUGAUGAAUGAAAUCCUCCUUGAACUGAAGGCCAGGGUUGUCAUUGGGUCAGUUGACAGUGAUAGCUUUAACCCUGAUCCUUCCAACACCAACUGUGAUCAAACAUUGUUACGUAUUGUUGGACUGGAGGGUGCACUAGCUGUAGGCGAGUGUGUUAACUGCAGAGCGACAGGGUUGGGGUUUACACUGUGCAGUCAAAGAUUACCCGUUAUAAUUUUUAUGCAAUCAAAAAGGUUAGCAUUUCGAGGUGUGUCUGUAUUUGUUGCAUUAGGGCUGCACGGAGAGCAAAACUGAUUGCUUAGGGUUCAGGUGCGCCUCUUUCAUAAACACUAUAGAAAAAAAGGGUGCCGGAAAAAAGAGGACACAGUACAAAAUUUAAAAUAUUCCCCAAAAUUUUUUAGAUACAUUCGAUUAUUUAUUUUUGAUACAACAGAAUCAAGCAUUUAUGCUUUAUGCAGCACAAAUGAUAAUUUUUACUCAUUUGAAAUUUGCACAUGCAUUUCAUUGUAAAGAACUUGGCAAGAUUGGAGAUAGUCAACAAAGUGGUUUUGGGGCUACAGGUGUUUAUUUUUUUUCUGAAUGCAUUGCGGUCUAUAUUGACUGUACAGUCAUUGGUACACUGUAAAUUAUGGGUUUAUAUCGCCAUUAGUCUGCGUGUACAUCAUUGCAAGUUUGCUAACUGAUUUCUUGAAAAGAAGUUUUAAGUAUGGGUUAACAGAAAAUAAGCUUUUGGCGGCUUUCAACACAAAAAAUGAAGCGAAAAAUAAACAACACAGUACUUUCUCA